AUGUCCGGGUCUGGGGGUUUUUCCAAGCAAAUGGAGAAGGACUUUCGUGCCGAAAGGCCCAAGGGAGAGCCCUUGGAGAACAGGAGGAAUACUGGCGUGCCUAUCCUGGUCAGUCUAAAUACCCACCAGGUCGUAUCAAAAUCCACAAUCGGGCAAUUCUGCGCGGAUCUAAGAGCACACUGCAUUAUUAUGUCAUUGCACAGGGACAAGCGUAUCGAGCAGCAAACUGGCUCAAGCUCUGGGAAGCACCAAACGAUACUCAACUAUCAUGCACCUCUCGAGCCGUGGCCCUCAAUGUCCUAG